UUUUCAACAGGCCACACUCAACAGGCUCGUUCCAACCCCUCUACCGUUUAGCCUAUAUAAAUACUGUAAAUUGUAAAAAGUCUCUCCCUUUCAACAAAUCAUUCUUCAAUUCCAAAUUCUUCAAAUUCAAUAUCCACCAACAAUGCUACAAAUUAUUUUCUUCUUUCUGUCAUUUGUGCUAUACCUCAACUUUUUAUUCUACUUCACGUGCUGUAAAAAUACCAAAAAGCAAAAAAAGACACGUUCUGCAAGCAAAAAUGUUGUUGAGAAGAAAUGUAACCACCAAAAGCCUAUUCGGAAAGGUUCAGAACGGAAAGGAUCAAAUGAUCGAAAAGGUUCAGAUGACAAGAAGGGUUCAAAACGAAAGAUUUCAGAACGAGAACAUCCUCUUCAAAAAAUCUCAGAAAAAGAAAUCAAAACACAAAAGACAAUAAAGGAAAAUAAUCAGAAAAAAGAUGCUACUGUUAAAUCAAAAGAAGAAGUUAUCACAGUCAAAAAAGAGCAAGAAGUAAAAGUUGAAGUAAAGACUAAAGAGAAAGAAAAGCAAAAUGAAGUGGAGAAAAUUGCAGUCAAUUCGGUUAAAAUAGAAGAAAUAAAUGGAGGGAUUGCUGUUUCUUUUAAAAUGCCAAAUGAAAACAGUUUGGCAACAAUAUCUGAUCUUGAAAAAUAUAAAGAAGAAAAUGCUCUUGCGAACGAGACAACUUCUAAUUAUGAGAAAACAGCUAAAACUAUGAGAAAGUAA